CACCUCACACCAUCGGGCACCACAACACGCACGUCGGGGCGCCGCGGGUCGCACACCGCACACCCUCAUGGACAAACGUUCUGACAGGCCGGGGGCCGGAAUCGCCCGAGGGAGGGAGCAGGGGGCCGACAGUUCGUUGAGGAAGUGGCCUCGGCUGAGAGAGAAAACGAGGAAGCGGCGGCUCUCGCAACGCAUAACUCGGGCACAGCUCUCGGCUGAGCCGCGCCGCUCGGCUCGCUCCCAGGAGGAGCCGGUGGGCGGCAGUAGGCGGCGAGCGGAGGAGCCGCCGUAGCGGCAUUAAACAUUAAUUGACUACUUGGAAAGAAAAAAAAAAUCAUGGCUUCCAGCAUGGCUAACCCUGCUAACCAUUUGCCAUACUUCUUUGGCAAUAUUACACGUGAGGAUGCUGAGGAGUAUUUGAUGCAAGGAGGAAUGAGUGAUGGACUAUACCUGCUUCGCCAAAGCCGGAAUUACUUAGGGGGCUUUGCAUUAUCCUUGGCCUAUGGAAGGAAGGUUCAUCAUUACACAAUUGAGAGAGAGCUGAGUGGGACAUAUGCUAUUGCAGGAGGCAAAUCACAUGCAAGUCCUGCUGAACUCAUUAACUAUCAUUCAGAGGAAGCAGAUGGCCUUAUCUGUCUACUGAGAAAAUCUUUCAAUCGACCACCAGGCGUUGAGCCCAAAACAGGGCCCUUUGAAGAUUUAAAAGAGAACCUCAUCAGAGAGUAUGUCAAACAAACAUGGAAUCUGCAGGGUCAUGCUCUUGAACAAGCUAUAAUUAGCCAAAAGCCUCAGCUGGAGAAACUGAUUGCCACUACAGCCCAUGAGAAGAUGCCUUGGUUCCAUGGGAGGAUCUCCCGGGAAGAGUCAGAGCACCGUAUCCUCAUUGGGUCAAGAAACAAUGGAAAAUUUUUAAUCCGAGAAAGGGACAGCAAUGGUUCCUAUGCCCUUUGUCUGCUGAAUGAUGGAAAAGUACUGCAUUACCGUAUUGACAAAGAUAAGACAGGAAAGCUCUCCAUACCAGAUGGAAAAAGAUUUGAUACCCUCUGGCAGUUAGUUGAGCAUUAUUCAUACAAACCAGAUGGAUUAUUAAGGGUUCUGUCCAUUCCCUGUCCACGACAUGGCUCUGAAAGUGAUAAUGUUGUUUUUGACACUCGUCCUCUCCCUGGAACCCCUUCCAAGAGUUGGGCAAGAGGUGGAAUUAUCUCAAGACUCAAAUCGUACACCUUUCCAAAGGCUGGCAGCAAAAAGCUCCAGACACCUCUUGGUCCCCCAUCUGAUGACCAAACACCUUUUAAUCCUUAUGUACUGCAAAGGGCAAGAGGUCUAAUAGGAGCAGAGAAAGGUGAUCAGAGAGAGGCCUUACCCAUGGACACUGAGGUUUAUGAAAGUCCGUACGCUGAUCCAGAUGAAAUUAAGCCAAAAAAUGUCACUCUUGACAGGAAAUUGUUAACACUGGAGGAAGGAGAACUUGGCUCUGGCAACUUUGGUACUGUAAAGAAAGGGUUCUAUAAGAUGAAAAAGGGGGCCAAGCCAGUGGCUGUAAAAAUUCUUAAAAAUGAGAGUAAUGAUCCAGCCGUAAAGGAUGAGUUGCUGAGAGAAGCAAAUGUAAUGCAGCAACUGGACAACCCAUAUAUUGUCCGAAUGAUAGGUAUAUGUGAAGCAGAGGCCUGGAUGUUAGUAAUGGAAAUGGCUGAACUUGGACCACUGAACAAGUUUUUGCAGAAGAAUAGACACGUCACAGAGAAGAAUAUAACAGAGCUGGUACAUCAGGUUUCCAUGGGGAUGAAAUAUCUGGAGGAGAAUAACUUUGUACAUAGGGAUCUGGCUGCAAGGAACGUGCUAUUAGUCACCCAGCAUUAUGCCAAAAUCAGUGACUUUGGACUAUCUAAGGCUCUUAGUGCUGAUGAAAGUUAUUACAAGGCACAAAGUCACGGAAAAUGGCCAGUCAAGUGGUAUGCUCCAGAAUGUAUGAAUUUCUACAAGUUUUCUAGCAAAAGUGAUGUCUGGAGCUUUGGCGUUUUAAUGUGGGAAGCUUUCUCUUAUGGGCAAAAACCCUAUAAAGGAAUGAAAGGUGGCGAAGUUGCACAGAUGAUUGAAGGAGGAGAACGAAUGGAACGUCCUGAAGCAUGUCCAGUGGAAGUCUAUGACUUAAUGAAAUUAUGUUGGACGUACAAUGUUGAUGACCGACCAGGAUUCAGUGCAGUGGAGAUGCGAUUACGGAACUACUAUUAUGACAUUUCCCACUAACAGUGGGGACAACAGCUUGCCUUUCUUCAGCAAAGAGAAGUAGUUCGGAUUCUGAAACUGACUUAUUUUUGUACUGUCACUUUGACCAUAUAAAGUGAAGAGCUAAGCCCUGUGUGUGAGGUCACCUUUUCUUUUAGUUUUCUUGUGGAAUAUCAAGCUCCAAAGAGCAGCGCAACAUAAGGCAGAUGCAUAGACUUCCAUUACGUUCCAUUUUACAGCUUUAUUGUCUUUACAUUCUUCUGUCAUAAAAAACCUAUUUAAAGUCUUCCUCUUAUCUAUUUGAGUGCAGAUGGGGAUUUAAAGUUUUGUUGUUAAUAUUCUUAGCUCUCAAACUGUGUUGUUCCAGCCUUCUCCCUAUUUGAGAAGAAUAGCAUAAACAUUUUUCACCAUAAAAAAAAAGUCACUGUGACAAUGACAGUCACUUUGACUGACAGUGUGUUUGAUUUUACCCCCACCACUUCAUAACCAAUUAGUACUUUUCUUAUUAGUAACAUUUGCAGUCAGGAGAUGGGAGAUGUGAAUGUCUGAAAUGUAGAAAAAUAAAAGGAAUUGUCAACUCCAUUAGGUGUUAUUAGCUCCUCUCUUUCCUCAUCUCUUGUAGAAUCCCCAGCUGAGAAUUACUUUAUUAAUGGUAAAACCAGGGAAUUCAAGGGCUUGUUCUCACCUUGGGACAAAAGUUGUCAGCACCUAAGGCAAUUACUCUGUCUUUUAACCUGAAGUCCAUCAUUGCAGCUCCUGAAAAAAAAAAAUUGUUCUUUGAAAGUUGAAGGAGCAGCAGCUUUCCUUCAAAAUUCCUUCUCACGUUUUCCCCACAAGCAGCCACUUAACAGGUACCCGUGUAUAUUUGGGAAUUCUACUAGAUACAGAGAUUUUAAAGAAAUAUGAAAAGUAAGAUUUAGUGCUAGAUAAGCCUAUUGCAUACAAAUGUUUGGAACAUAUGUUUGUAAUUGUUAUGUGAACAGGACAUUUUUGGGCAGUUACAUUGAGAAAAUGAAAUAACAUAUAUAAUAUAUAAAAUACAGCUAUAAAAACGUUGGAUUUACUGUGAAGCAAUGUAUUUCUUGAUGCUAAUUUCAUAGUUUGUUUUAAAAUAAAAAGCCAAGUGAUUUUGGUAAUUUUAACUUUUGGGAAUCCAGUGCAAGGUAGUUCAGGAAGUACGUGCUACUGAAAGAUACUGUGUGUUACAGGUCAUGUUUUAGAUGUGAUUCAGACAUGACUUAUAUUGAUGAUGAUUUCAUCUUUUUUAUUUCUUUUUAACAAACGUUUUUCUACAAGAACUGCUCGUGUCGAUAUUGCUUGUGAUUAUAUAUAGCCAUUUUUAGCAUUUUCCCUGUUGCAGAGAAACUGUCAAGCUCUACAUGUGCAAUUAGUACAUUCAUGGGGAUAUCAGUUGUGAAACAGCUGCAGAAAUCAAAACCAAUUGUACAUGCAGUGAGUGGCAGCACUACUUCCCUGCAAUAUAUGUGUGUAUUUUACUGAAGUUUUACUAAAUACAAGAAAGCUAAAGAAAACUGGAGGAAUAGUUCUUCCCCUCUCUUUGCAGCAGAUGUCUCUUUCUUGUGUUAGUUGUUUUUAGCUUUGCUAUUCUGUAAUUACAUUAAGAAUAUAAAAUAUUGUGAAAUAACUGGAUUAUGUUUGUAAAUUGAGAUUAAGUGCAUUGUUUUAUAAAACACAUCAUUUUAACAAUAAUUAUUUAAAUUUCUGAAUUUGUUGCCAAUGUGCAAAGCUUGUAUAUAUUUGCUGAAUUACUGUUCUUGUUGCAUAAGACUGAAGACUUCCUUAUUGGCACUGGGCAGAACAGAUAAACCCACUAAUUCCCCAAAAUCCUUAAAAAUGUGCAUUGCUGUUUUCACACCUAAGCCUGUCCAAGACGCUGCUUUUCAAUGACAUUGUGCUGGAUCUGGGAAGUGAGUGGUGUUGAGAGUCAGUGAAGCGCAUCAGCUAUCCAGGGAUUUCUGCACCAUGCCAGGUAUCAGCCAUGCAGGAUUUAACAGCACAUUAUACACAUGAAAACUCUCUUAGAAGUGGAGGUAACUGCUUUUGAGUUCUGAAACAUGUACUGAGAGAUCUUACUCUUUGAUUUAGCUUUUGCUGCAGGGUCAAGUUUUCAGGAAAGCAAAGGACUGGAUGUGACUGAAUGUGAGUCUGAAUAAUAGUAAUAAAGGCUGAAAGGUAGACAGCUCCUCCAGCAGGUACUUAAAGACUCCCUGUCAUGGGAAACACUGUCUCGUGGACGUGUCCUCGAGGCUGGUGGACUGCAUUGUCCAGAGUCACUGUUAUGAAGGAGCUUUUGUCUUUUUGGUUGUGUGGAUUUAUUAUUAUUAACACCAGAAAUGUCAUUUGCCAGUGUAGUCCCACAAGUAUUUGUUACAGCAGAGCUAAGGGUUAGCAAACUGCAGCAUAGGGCAGGGGGAACUGAUAUAAUUGGCCCAUGGAGGAAGGAGUAGGUGAAAACGUGUAAAGCCAGCUUUUCCUUGAAGAAAACAGUGUGUUUACAGCUUUGUCAUUUAGAGCUCAGAUCUAUGAAUGUAUGGUUGUUGCAGAGCACAGGAGUCUGUACACAUUUUUCAUGCACAACCACCCAAAUUGCAUUGAAGACCCUGCACCAAUCUCUGCAUGCUUCAAACACUGUGAAGAACAGGGAUUUUUAAUUGGAUAAUGGAAAAUAUCCAUAAUUUUCCUUUCUGCAGCCAGUGUAGCCAGAACCUCAGGUUCAAAAAAGUGAGCAUCUAGAAGGGCCUAUGCACAAUCAGCUGUACAUGGCCCUGCCAUGAGGUGGCAAUACACGAACACUUCUAGGCUGAUGCACUUGGGUGACUAUUGCUGGCAGUCUGUCCCAUCCUGGUUCUUGCUGUGUCAGUGCAGCACAGAGGAACUUACUAAUCUAUUUACAGCUUACUGCAAAGCAGAGCUUCAGGUGAGUACGUUUGUGGAUGAUUUAUACUGUGAAUGGUUGGUUGUGGAUGUCAGCAAAGUCUUUUUGAAGCUCUUUGUGAUUUUUUCUCUGUACAUGGUGCUGUUAGUGGGAAAUUGCAGUAGAAGGGUAUGAGUGUGGCAUGAACUGACAGAGGACUUACCAAGAAUUAAAUGGACACAGUCUGAAGAUCAAUUAUAACAUCGUCUAAGGCCAUACAAGAAUUUUAUUUUUUUUUAAGCAAAAAUGCUGUAGCUGUGUUGAAUACAAGGGAUGCAUGAGCAAUUAAAAUUAGCAGUGUUAAAUUUCAAAACCGUAGUAAAUCAUGCAUAAAAUUAUUAGGAAAAAAAAGAACCACAUGAUUCCUGACAACUACAGUGAAGAAAAAUAGAGAAACAGCAUGGGAAGCAAAACAAUCCCAAGCUUGGAAGGAAAAGAGCCACCUCAUACUCGCUGUGACCCAGACCCCAGGACUUUGCCAAUGCUGCACAGCGUGGUGCAAUGCAAAGCUAUGGCAUGACAUGUUUGGUCCUGGCCAUUGCUGCAGGUGGAACCAGUGCUGCUGGGGAGCUGCCAGGCUCAGCACUGAGCUCUCCUGCUGCAACUGCAGGCAGUCAGUGGGUACACAGCCUGCCUUGAUACCCUGAAGUCUGCAGCCAGCCUCAGAGCUGGAAAAGGAGGGGAUGAAUAUGAGUGGGGCAUGCAGCAAGGACAUGUCAGUUGAGGCAAAUACCCACUAGCUUUCUCAGCCUAUCAUUAAUUCUGCACCAAAUCUAACCACUGUUUCCUGAGGUGUGCUCAAUCAGAGAAGCAGGGAAAAAGAGGGAAAGCAUUACACAUUGUUCAUUAAUAUUCAUGACUUUGAUUUUAAAUAUCACUUGGAUGGUCUGCGUAAAGGUACACAGACCGUUAACUCCCUGUGUCUGUCUACCACUGCAGAUGCCUUGAGCUGGUAGGGCAAGAGCUGGUUACACCUAGAUGCCUUCCAUAGCUGAAUCUGAGUACCUAUUUUGGGCAUGUCCCAUUGCCAGACAUAGAGCUGCCUGCCUGACAUGCCAUGUACCGCCUUGUGUCAGACCUAGGUGUUCGGUUCCCCAGUUCUGCUGUUGCAACAAUGAAGCAGCUGUGCAAAAGCAUAAUGCUGCAGUGUGAGCAUCACUCUGCUCGCUGCAUCCUGCAUGGAUCCUGCAAUCAUCCUGCACCAUUUCCAAAAAGAAAAGCUUGAAGGCUUUUGUUUUCUAAAACCAUUAUACACAUAUACA